CCGCGCCCGCGCUUUCUCCAGCUUGGCUUCCACCGACUUUGCUAAUCGCCCGGACCGCAUCUGGACGCUCCGGCUCUAGGGCUGCACAGAGCUCAGGUUUCCUUCAGGGCUGAAGGCGAGAGGGGCUUUUCGGGCCGAGUUCAGCGGAAUUGGGGGAUGGAAGUUAGCAAAUUCGGGCAACUUGCCUUUUCUGCCCAGUCGACCUAUGCUCUCCCCCACACUCACGCCCCCACACUCACACGCCUCCACACGCACACGCCCCCACACGCACACACCCCUCUGCCUAUAAAUGCCAGUGGCUGGGCUGGGCCGCUUACGGAGUCCCAGCCUCAGCGAGCUCAGGACUUGGAGGAAGACAGAUCUGGCUGCGAAUCCCGGCUCGCCACUUUCUAGCGCUGUGACCUUGGCACAACAGCUCCAGUUGGCAGCAUCACCUCCCACCAAUUUAUCCAACUUCUGCCAAGACUCUGAAAUGCCAACUAUGUCGAGGCCUGCACUUGAUGUCAAGGGUGGCACCUCACCUGUGAAGGAGAAUGCCAACCCAGAGGUGAACUCUCUGGCCUACUCUAACCUGGGGGUGAAAGAUCGCAAAGCGGUGGCCAUCCUGCACUACCCUGGGGUAGCCUCGAAUGGAACCAAGGCCAGUGGGGCUCCCACUAGUUCCUCGGGAUCUCCAUCUCCAAUAAGUUCUCCUACUGCCACCCCUCCCACUAAACCCCCACCCUUCAACCUGCACCCCGCCCCUCACCUGCUGGCCAGUAUGCAGCUGCAGAAACUAAAUAGCCAGUACCAUGGGAUGGCCGCUGCCACUCCGGGCCAAUCUGGAGAGGCAGAGCCCCUGCCAAACUGGGGCUUCGGGGCUCAGGCGGGAGGGGCGGGAUCACUCUCUCCUUCUGCUGGUGCCCAGAGCCCUGCCAUCAUCGAUUCAGACCCUGUGGAUGAAGAGGUGCUGAUGUCACUGGUGGUGGAACUGGGACUGGACCGGGCCAAUGAGCUUCCGGAGCUGUGGCUGGGGCAGAAUGAGUUUGACUUCACGGCAGACUUUCCAUCUGGCAGCUGAUGCCAAUUGUUCCUAAAGAUGGAGGAAUAAAGCCACCAAUUCUGUUGUAAAUAAAAAUAAAAGUUACUUACAAAGAGAUGGGCC